UUUUUUUUUUGGGUUAUUUCGUCUGCAAGCAACGUUACCCAUUUGACCUUGAAUACGGACUAGUCGCCCUCGCUCGCUCUUUUUGAUACCCGCGCUCUUUCAAUACCCUCGACGUUGCACCGCACUCGCUAUCCUUCACCUCGGACACUCUCUCCAUCCGCUUCACCAGACAGACCCGCGCAAAGAACCGAGCAUGGACACCGCCAAGUCGCCCGAGGACGGCUGGUCAGACCUCCCCGUCUACGACGCCAGCAAGAGGAGCAUGGCCACCAUUGUGGGCGGUCGCCUGCGGAGGAUCUCCAGGACAGGGCUCUACGUCGCGCUCGCCUCCGUCAUGUCCAUCGUCGGCCUCUACCUGCUCUCGCAGCUCGACUACCAUGGCCCGCCGACAUUCGCCAGGCUCGACGACAAGGUGGCGCCGCACGAGACACCAGACUGCAGCCCGCGCUACAACAUUUCGUCCAUGGACAUUUGGAACAAGGCCACCGUCCGGUACAACCACCUCAUGGACGACAAGUUCACCAUCGCCAUCCAGACGUACCGUCGCCCCGACCAGCUCAAGGCCACGCUGGACCUCCUGCUCGCCCCCGAAAUCCCGUCCCUGCACGAAAUCGUCAUCAUCUGGAACGACCUCGAGACGCCCACCCCGCCCGACUUCACCUCGGACCACAACGUCACCGUCCGCCACCGCAUGUCCACCGCCAACAGCCUCAACCAGAAGCUCCUCCCGGACGCCGGCUUCCAGACCCAGGCCGUCCUCCUCUCCGACGACGACGUCCACUACGACGCCGCCGACCUCGACUUUGUCUUCCAGCAGUGGCGCGCCCACGGCCGGAACCGCCUCACCGGCGCCUUUGCCCGCUGCGUCGAUCAGAACCCGGAGAGUGGCGAGUGGCAGUACGGCUGGUGCAAGGGCCACGAGGCCUACUCCAUGGUCCUCACCGGACUGUCCUUUGUCCACAUGGCCUUUCUCGACUACUACUCGAGCGAGGAUCCGCUCAUGACCCGCGUCCGCGAAUAUGUCGACGAGCACUUUAAUUGCGAGGACAUUGCCAUGAACUUUGUCACCAGCAUGCUCACCUGCGAGGGCCCGCUCCAGGUCAGCGGCCUCCACAGGCCCACCAACGAGGCGCCCCCCGCGGGUAUCAGCACCAAGCCGGGGCACCUCGAGGCCAGACAUGUGUGUAUCAAUAGCUAUGUCGCCAUGUUUGGGCACAUGCCGCUCGUUGAGACGUCAGAGUACAUCUCCCGGGGGUAUGUGUCGGGGUGAGACAAGGCUGGCUGGGCGGAGGGCCAAGAAAGAGCGCUCAUGCGUAAGAGUAAGAUGCGCUGGCGCAUCUUGGCUUUGAGAGAGCUACCUGCUGGCCUGGCAGUCUGCAUGUCGACCAAGUGCUGGCGCGACACGUACCCAGACACAGCGGUGCAGAGGUGCCGGGGGUUGCAGAUCAAUUACCUAUGCGUACCUAUGUAUAUAGAAUCAGCGUUGCUUUUUGCUUAAUUGAGAAAUAAUUAAUCCUUGUCAUUCAUUGGAGAGCGACUUUUCUAAUUGAUGAGCUUAC